GGUUCCUGCCUGGAGGAUUUGGUGAUCCCCUGCUACUAGACACGGAAGCCUGCUAAGCGAAAGCUUCUUCUAUUCCGUCCACAACCACUUGAACCAUUUGAACCAUUUGGCACGUGUUUCUUGGUAGCGGUGUUCAUAGUUAACCUCAACUCGACUCCACGCUACAAUUGGUGACCCGUAUUUUGGAACACGCCUCAGCUUCUGGUCAAAUCUUCCAAAGAAGCCAAUUCGGUGAGUCUAUGAUUUAUCUAUCCACGUCUGUCGUAUAUUUUCAUAUUUAAUAUAUGACGGAUAACGAUAAGAAUAGUAUUAAUAUAAUAGACUCCCAUUUAUGUGUACCGAACUCUUGUUACUUUUUAUUCGCGUGACGAUGAAUUCCACGCUUUAUUCGAGAAAUUUUCCCCUAUUAACUAUUCUCCUCGCUGACCCGGCUGCUUGGUACGGAAUGCAUUCGCAUACGCAUUAACGUCUACCUCCCAGCAUCAAAUGGUUAAGUUGAACGGUUUCAUUGCCAACUUAAAAGUGCUCUACGAGCACACGAGAGCGACAACUGGUACGAAACCUUAUCGCUCGUCCCCUUAGGUAUUCGAACGAGCUUGAAGGCAGAUAUACAAUGUUCCGCCUCCGAACUGGUAUACGGCACGACAUUGCGUCUACCCGGAGAAUUCACACCACGGAGCAGACCUAAUUUCGGUAAAUCAGACUACGUCCAUCGACUGUCUGCAUUUAUGCGAACGCUGUCUCCGGUGUCAACUCGAAUACAACAUUGACAGGUCGCUCUCUCUCGAGAGUUAUCUACCUGUUCACAUGUUUUUGUACGAGUAGAUUCGGUACGCAAACCUUGGCAACAACCUUACGAAGGCCCUUUUCACGUGAUCGCUCGUCACGAAAAGACCUUCAAGGUUGAUCGAUAUGGACGCGUCGAGAUCGUCUCAAACCAGCACACGUCGAUGACAGUGACCUAUCUGGUAACCUGAGAUUCAAUGCUAGACCUAGCAAACCUACUAGCGGGAUCCUCAAACCAUCUUCAGGUCCCACGCUAGAUACAUCUGAGACCUCAUUCUCACGUCCCGGUCAACAGCACGCGUUAUCUGCACCGUCUACGGACGAGACGAUAGUCUCACGUCCAGAUCAGCAGACCACGCCGCCUCUGACCUCGGAUGAGAUUACAGGCUCACGCGAUACGAACGAGACUGCCGUCUCACGUUCCGGUCGCCGAGUACGGUUGCCCGUACGCUUCCGCGACUAGUCGCACAGUCAACAACCGAUACGGUGUAGUGUUAUUCCUAUGCUACAUGCAUGCUACACUCUUCUCUUUUUUGAUUUUCUUUUUGUUUCCUGAGCCCACGCCUUCGACCACCUCCGUUUGGUUCCGUCGACUUCAGUCAACUUUGGCGAAAGCUGGACUGGCCACCCAUGCUCUUGUCAACGCACUCAGUCGAUAUUUUGGUUUCGAAUGCUUGGCAUACGCUUGGUCUCGAACUUGGUCGUUACGGUCGCUUCUGGUCUUUUGGCUCAACGUGGUUUCAUCCUACGUCUGCAGCGUUUCUGGUCCGGACCCCUACGAACGCCCUCUUCAGAUUCUGGAUACAAACCACUCUCGUGUAGCAUGCCAACUCAAGCAAUACAUACAGCACAUCGCUCCUGGUACCGUUCUCCGAAAACGACCUUCGUUGGCAACUCGACGAUCAACGAUCGCUUUCCUGUUCGCCAAUUCUUCCGUCCUACAAUCGCUCGUCAGCCGAUCAGUCCCACGAUUUAAACCGCUAUUUAUCGAAAGUGUUAACCCUUUCUAGCGCGGGGCUCCUGUAGUGACUCACAUUUAUCACGAGAACACGACUGGUUUAAUAAAAACAAUUAUUAUUAUAACCAACUGUACCAGUGUUUGUUUUAACGUGCUUUUGUUUGACUGUGCUAAUGACAGCUAUUUUGUGCUUCCAUUCUUGUACUUACACUUCAAUUGUAACUUCGCGCGAAUUCGGUUACGUUCUGUAACCAAGGUUGUAUCCUGGCACGAUCUCGGUAUCCUUUCGAUGCCACGAGAUCGCCAGCAAAUAAAUAUCUCGACUUGGUCCAU